CUCACUGCAGGAUCUCUCUGUCUCCAAACCGCUCCGCACCAAGGCGCACGUCGUUGCCGUUGCCUCCUCCACCAAAUUAUCAGAUCGGCACAUAGCAGGUGACGCAGAGAAGAUGAGAAGAGGUUUGCUGCUGGUGUCUCUGUUUCUCGUCAUGAAGCUCCGGUACAGCGAGUCCAGAUGCGAGGAGCCGGGGUCACGCAGAUCAACUUCAGAUCAGACUACGGGUCUCGGUAACCUCAAGCGGGACAUUUUGAAGAGGUAUACCGACCUGGAUUAUGACAGCUUUGUGGGUCUGAUGGGCAGAAGAAGCGCCGAUGCAGAUGCUGCACAAUCGCCACAUAAAAGAGAGAUGCAUGACAUCUUUGUGGGUCUCAUGGGACGGAGAAACUCAGAGCCUGAUAAUGGUCCCUGGAGGACAGAGUACCCGGAAAGGAGAGGCAUUUUCCUCAACAAGUGUCGGCUAAGGUUUCGUCGAGGGUUGUAGAGAUUCCUGCUCAACCAGUUCUCUCAUCUGGCUGAAAUCACAGAGAAUACAAAGCAAGCAACUUACUAAAUGUCUCAUGGAAACAGCAUAACGGGCCUGUUGCAUACACCUGCCAGAUGGCUUACGACAGCUUCUCUAAACUAUACAGUUUGUAUAUGUUUUAUCUGAAGAAGCACAUAAUUAACACUGACAUCUGAUACACUCUAUUUCUUUACCAUAGUAUUCUUUUCUUCAAAGUUCCAAAUAAACAGAUUUUUUGUAAA